CUUUACAUGUGUACUAACAUUUAAAAAGUGCCAUUAUUUCAUGUCUCUUUAUUUAUUCUAUUCUGUUCAUGCAGAAUCAUGGUCAAAGUCACAUGUGAGUCAAUGAACGGCAGAACAAUAUAUGCAGCAAAGGGACUACAAUGCCUGUCUGUCAACGAAUAGCUCUGUCAACUGAACUUUGUCUACAGUGUUUUCAGCUUCAAGGUUCAAAGACCAUGGUUCAAUGACCACAAAUACACCAUGUAAACUUUAGUUAGAGAUUAAUAUUAUGGCUUUCAUACAACAGUAUUAGUGAAAAUAUCAUAUUUCAUGCAUCAAAUGUAAUGUUUUUGAUGGCCAAAAUGUUCUGUAAAUAUUUUCUGCAGUAACUUUCCUGUAAAACUAUUUUCGUAUGAUCUGUCCUCCCUCUAUAGAAUGGUCCCACCUUGAAACUGGUUUUAACCAGUCCCUCCUUGAAUUUUAUACCCCAAAUAUAACUACCACUGUACUCCAACUGCUUUGAUUAUCUGCCAGCUGAAAAAGUAGAAGGAAAGGACAUUAUCUCGGCUACAGCACUGUCACCAGGAUGGCAACAAAGCCAAAAGGCUUGCUGGAUCGCCUGAAGGCAGGAGAGACUGUUAUUUGUGCGGAGGGAUAUCUGUUUGAGUUUGAGCGACGUGGUUACCUGAAGGCCGGACCGUUUGCGCCUGAGGUGGUGGUGGAUCAUCCGGAGUUAGUGAGGGGGCUGCACCGGGAGUUUGUGCAUGCUGGGAGUGAUGUCGUGUUGGCAUUCACGUACUACGGCCACAGGGAGACCCUGAGGGCAGUAGGAAGGGAGGAUGAACUGGAGACCUUUAACCGGACAGCGCUGAAGCUGGCACGGGAGGUGGCAGAUGAGACCGGGACUCUGAUGGCAGGCAACAUCUGUAACACUAACUGUUACAACCCUGAUGAUCCUCAAACUUGGGACAAGUGCAGGCAAAUCUUCAAGGAGCAGACUGAGUGGGCUGUAGCGGAGGGGGCAGACUUCAUGGUCGCAGAGACAUUCCAUAACCUGGCCGAGGCUUUGCUGGCUCUUGACUGUAUCAAGCAGUACGGUAAUGGACUUGCAGCUGUGGUGAGUUUCUCUGUUCCGAGAGAGGGGCUCUGGGAUGGCCACACCGUGGAGGAGGCCAUGCUGGCCCUGGAGGAGGCAGGAGCGGCAGUGGUGGGGCUGAACUGUGGGCGCGGGCCGGCAACUAUGCUGCCACUCAUGGAGGGGGUUGUUGAGAAGGUGAAGGUGCCAUUUGCAGCCCUCCCAGUUGUGUACCGUACUAAUGAACAACAGCCAACCAUGCACUCACUCAUUAACCACAAAGGUUCUAAAGCCUUCAUCGUGGACAUGGAUGAGUUUCUGUGUGGGCGGACCAUGGUGGCAGACUUUGGCCAGCGGUGUAAGGACCUGGGUGUGCAGUACGUGGGUCUGUGCUGUGGGAACGCCCCACACUUCACCCGCACCCUGGCAGAGACCAUGGGUCGCACCCCGCCCGCCAGUAAAUACUCUCCCGACAUGACCAAGCACUUUACCUACGGCACUGACCGUUGGUAUGGAAACAAGAGCCUGUAGGCUUCUGCAAUCUGGCUUUUCAAUAAAAGCAGUUCCAGCACCAUGUAUGCUUUAGCUGUAUCUUACAUUAAUUCCUGUGUAAUUUUAUAGUUCUACCAGUAUCCUGCUGCUCUAAUACCUGGAAGGCCACUUGUUAUAGCAGUGUAAGGCAAACAGGGCCCACCUUAGACUUGCACCGGUUAAACUGUAGUGCAUUGGUUUACCAUGGUGCAUGGGUUAAAAAAACAUUGCCAAUCUAAAGAGCAAAAACAGUAUUGGGUUGGUACUGGCACUUCCACUGGCACUGGAAGGGAGGUGGGGGAUGACCUGUUUGU